GAUUACCGAUAACUUUAUUCCUAACUUUAUUUCGGUGAAAUGUCUGCAGAUGAAACAAGUGUAUGUACCGAUAAAUGGACUCCUGCAGAAUGGAUACUACGCUGAUGGAAAUACAACUGUUGUGGCAUUCAGGCCUGGAAGUAUUGUGGCUGUCCUUGUGAUAACGUUUAAUGCAUUACCGGAUCCACUCGUUGUCGUUCUAAACGAUGGUGGAACUGAUGCCCUUGCUGAUGUCAUUGGUCAGGAAUUAGUCAGCCUACUCACAGCGGGUCUUUCAAUUCAAAAUGCUGCAGUUGAAUUGUCUGACGUGGUAAUUGAAGAAGCGACCACAACAGUGGAAACUACUAUAGGGACAACAACCGAAGCAACAGGUCCCGCCAUGCCAGAAACAACUCCAGAGUCAACUCCAGACACCACGCCAGGAACCAGUCCAGAAACAUCUCCGGAAACCUCACCAGCAACAUCUCCAGUUACUUCGCCGAUAAUCACUCCGGAAACCACUGCAGCUUCUACAACACCGGAACUUACUUGCGCUGAUGACGAGUUCGCCUGUGACGAGGGACGUUGUAUAGAUGAGUCAGCUGUAUGCGACUUUAUUCCUGAUUGUAGAGUGUCCAGAAACGACGAAACAGAAGAUCUUUGUGAAGUUUCCUUGUUGACAGAUGAUAUCAGCGUUACAUCUCGAAGGAACGCGACAUUGACUAUUCCUGAUAGUUACCCAAGUAGAACCCAAGACACCCCACUGGACUAUAUCCUUUAUCGAUUGACCAGUCCGGAUAACUCUUACCUACUCAUUGAUGUUGUUUCUCUACAAUCCAACGGUCCUGAUUCAAUAGUGACAAUAGGAAAUGGACAUGAUCCAGUAGAGGCAAACUACCUACCUGAUGGGAUAUUUCAAAGAUCUGGUAUAAACUCUGCAUUUCCUAGCACCUACUACACACCAGAUAAUGAAGCAUUUGUAUUACUAGGAAGGGCAGCAGAGGAGGAUGUAGAAAUGGACAUCAGGAUUAGUGUAUUCCAAUGCCCACAAGAGGACGCUGUACCAUGUCUCCGCUCUUCUCAAUGUUACCUUCCAAGUCAAAUUUGCGAUAAUGAAACUCACUGCCAAAAUGGAGAAGAUGAACAGAAUUGCCCAAAUGAAUGUGUCAGUUGUACAACACUGUGGGGUGGUGAUAUACCAAUGUGUCUCCCUCUGGAUUGGUUAUGCGAUGGAUAUCAAGAUUGUGAUGACAACUUGGACGAAUUAGGAUGUCCUACCUGCUUUGAAUGUCCAUCUGGUUCCUUCUUUGACUGUGUUUAUGAUCCUGAAUGGGUUUGUGAUACAUAUGAAGAUUGCAACGAAGGAGAGGAUGAAAGAAAUUGUCCAGUAUUCUGUCCAGAUGGUCAAUUUGGAUGCCCUUGGCCAGAUAGUGUUUGUAUUGACGAGACACUGAUCUGUGACUUUGUGCCUGAUUGUAGGGUGGCUGGAGGAGAUGAAGCUGAGGAAGUGUGUUUGGUUUCUCAAAUAACGGAUGAAAUAAUGGUUCCAUUUAAUGAGUAUAAGAUAUUGAGAAACCCCGAUUCUUAUCCUACAAGGGAUGUCAAUACGUCCAGUGACUAUCAAUUAUACAAGAUAUCAAGCCCACCAGACUCACAUCUACUGAUUGAAGUCAUUAGAGUUGUAUUCGAUGGGACUCAAUCUACUGUAUCUGUUGGUAGUGGACUAGACCCCAUUGAGGCUUUCUACGACAACGGCAUUGUAUUGGCUUACACCAAUGGAUCAGGAUACGUAGCGAAUCCAAAUCCAGUGUAUCAAACAUCACCUGGGAACGAGGCUUACAUCUUGCUUGAAAAGGCUCCAGAAGAAGGGAUUGAAAUGUUGGUCCGAGUCAGUGCAUUCGAGUGUGAAAGUUAUAAUGCAACCCCAUGCUCCAGGUCUAACCAUUGUUAUCUAGAGGAUGAGAUUUGUGAUGGGACAGUGCAGUGUGAACGCAGUGGAGAGGAUGAACAGGGAUGCGAAUGUGGAGGAGACUUGGUAUCAGCUACAGGGUCUUUCUCAUCACCUAGCUAUCCUAAUGAAUACACACACUCCAGGAUUUGUGAGUGGCGUAUUACUGUUCAAACUGGUCAUCUUAUUAAUCUUUACUUUGAUGACUUUGAUAUUGAAGAUGCUACAGGCUGUACCUAUGACUCAGUUAAGGUAUACAAUGGUUUAGCUGAUAAUUCUCCAUUGCUGAAUACCCUAUGUGGUUCAGACACUCCUGAUAUGAUCUCUUCAAGUGGAAAUACCAUGAGAGUGGUCUUCAGUACUGAUGGUUCUAUUGCAGGUCGAGGGUUCCAAGCUCGCUAUGAUUCAAAUGAUGCAUCAGUAUGUGGAGGUCAGAUCACAGUUGGACCUGGUGGAUCAGGAUAUAUCUUCAGUCCUCAGUAUGGUAUAGCUGACUAUUCAAACAACAUCAUGUGUGAAUGGACCUUGGGAAACUCAGCAAACACAAAUAGCUCUCUCUAUCUCACAUUUGAUGAUGGUUUUGAUCUGGAAUUUCACAGCACUUGCUCAUUUGACUACCUUCAGCUUUUUGAAGGACCUGAUGGCAGUGGUGUAGAGUUGGAAAGGUUCUGUGGUAGAACAGCUCCCAAUCCAUACUUUAUCCCAUUUCAAACAACUUUCUUGAGAUUUAGAACUGAUGGAAGUGUGGUGGGUGAAGGAUUUAGAAUGCUCUAUCAAGCAUCAGGUUGUGGUGGUAUUGUAUCUGGUACAUCGGGUGUUAUUACCAGUCCUAACUUCCCGAAUGAUUAUAACCAUGAUGACUAUUGUGCUUGGAGGAUAGAUGCUCCUGUUGGUGAAACCAUUACUUACACCUUCACUUCAUUUGAUAUUGAGACUCAUCCUAACUGUGGAUAUGACUACCUGUCUAUAAGGAAUGGGGGAUUCCCCGAUUCACCUCAAAUCUCUGGUCAAUACCCAAUCUGUGGCAGUGUAGCUCCAAGUAGCUUCACAUCAUCUGGUAACCAGCUCUUCAUCAUCUUUAAAACCGAUGAAGUCUCAUCGGGUGGAGGAUUCCGAAUGGAGUGGACAACCGUUACUAAUGAUGUAUGUACUGGCUUUGUAUGUGAAACCUUCUUUGGCAAUUGUCUUCUUGAAAUGUAUGUCUGUGAUGGCAUGCCUGAUUGCUCGGAUGGUACAGAUGAAUUGAACUGUAAUGUUACGGAGCCCCCUUGUUUCCAAUGUCCAUCAGAACCAGACUGCAUAUAUCUUUCUUACGUUUGUGAUGGCGUUGAUGAUUGUCUGGACGGGUCAGAUGAAGUGAAUUGCACUACCUGCUUUGAAUGUCCAUCUGGCUCCCGCUACGACUGUGUUUUUGAUCCUAAUUGGGUUUGUGAUGGCUCUGAAGAUUGCAAUGAUGGAGAGGAUGAAAUUGAUUGCCCAGAUGUAUGUACUGGCUUUGUAUGUGAAACCUUCUUUGGCAAUUGUCUUCUUGAAAUGUAUGUCUGUGAUGGCAUGCCUGAUUGCUCGGAUGGUACAGAUGAAUUAAAUUGUAAUGUUACGGAGCCCCCUUGUUUCCAAUGUCCAUCAGAACCAGACUGCAUAAAUCUUUCUUUCGUUUGUGAUGGCGUUGAUAAUUGUCUGGACGGGUUUGAUGAAGUGAAUUGCACUUGUCCAGAUGAUCAGUACCCAUGCUUCUUUGAUGAUUCAAUCUGUCUUGAUUAUACUGAUGUUGGAUGUGAUGGAAACUAUGAUUGCCCAGGUGGUACUGAUGAAUACAACUGUACAGGAUGUUUUGCGUGUCCUGGUUUUUCAUGGUGUUUACUUGACCUUCAAGUUUGUGACUUCUAUAACGAUUGUCCUUAUGGGGUAGAUGAGGCAGAAGAUCUCUGCAAACACUCUGAGUAUAUCAGUAACUUUGACAUCCAAGUUGGGGUUUGGACAUACUUCAGUGAAGGGUUUGUAAGAGAGAGAACUCUUGAUGAUCGCGAUACUCCAGCAAGCGAAUUCUACGAUUUCACCCACUAUGUCUUUGAAAGUCCUGUAGGAUCUUCCCUGUUUAUGGAGAUACUGAAUUUCACAAUGAAUCUGACCGGACCUCUCUUGGACCUUGUGGGUGUCUCUACUGGAUAUUGGACCAACCCAACAGAUUUUGAGACAGUCUUAGCAUUUGCAAGUGGAUAUGGAAAUCUGGAGAGCUAUACUUAUAGUACAAACUUUACCCUAUUUUUGAAUACAGGGUAUCUUCUCAUUGCCAUGCCAAAAUCUGUUGCUGGUAUCUUCAAUAUGACUUUCAGGGUGUCAGCUGUUGAAUGUGAGAGUCCUGAAUCCCCAUGUUAUCUCUCUCUGCAUUGCCUGGACAUGGUAAAGGAUUAUUGCGAUGGAGAGGUUCAGUGUCUUGAUAGUGAAGAGGAUGAAUACGGAUGUGAAGCUACGGAGCCCCCUUGUUUCCAGUGUCCAUCACAACCCGACUGCAUAAAUGCUUCUUACGUAUGUGACGGAGUUAAUAAUUGUGAAGACGGGUCAGAUGAAGUGAAUUGCAAAACAUGCCUCGAGUUUGCAUGCCCAACUAUUAAUCCUGCACUUGGUAACUGUAUUUCUAACUACUGGGUCUGCGACGAAUUAAAUGAUUGCGUAGAUGGUAGUGAUGAAUCGAAUUGUGAUAUUUGCCCAGAUGGUCUAUACCCAUGCUUCUUUAAUGAGUCCAUUUGUUAUAAUUACACUGCCGUUGGAUGUGAUGGAAACUAUGAUUGCCCAGGUGGUUCUGAUGAAUACAAUUGUGCAGGAUGUUUUGCAUGUAAUGGUUCUUCAUCAUGUCUGCUUGACCUUCAAGUUUGCAACUUUUAUAAUGAUUGUUUCGGUGGGGAAGACGAGACAAAUGAACUAUGCAGACACACCGAUUUCAUCAGUGAAAGUGACAUCCAGGUUGGGGUUUGGACAGACUUCAGUGAAGGGUUUGUGAGAGAGAGAACUCUUGAUGGUCGUGAUACUCCAGCAAGCGAAUUCUACGAUUUCACCCACUAUGUCUUUGAAAGUCCUGAAGGAUCUACACUGUUUAUGGAGAUACAUAAUUUGACAGUUAAUCUGACUGGACCUCUCUUGCAACUUGUGCGUAUCUCGGCUGGAGUUGGGACCGACCCAACAGAUAUUUGGACAGCCCUGGCAUAUUCAGAUGGAUACGGAUAUUUUGGCAGCUAUAUCUCCAGCACGAACUUUUCUCUUUUGGAUAAUGUGGGCUAUUUUUUCAUUGCCAUCCCAAAAUCUGUUGCUGGGACAUUCAAUAUCAAUUUUAGAGUCACAGCCGUUGAAUGUGAGUAUCCUGAGGAACUCUGCUACGGAUCUCUGCACUGCCUCGACAGGAUACAGGAGACAUGUGAUGGAGAGGUUCAGUGUCUUGAUAGUGGAGAGGAUGAAUACGGAUGUGAAGAAUGUUUCAAUGGCCAGUAUUGCUUCUAUGAAAAUAAGUGUGUUCAACCUCGAGGUAUCUGUGAUAAUGGAACUUAUGACUGCGCAAGUGGAAGCGACGAGAGCCAGUGUCCAGGCUGUGUACCUUGUAAUGGAACUGGUUGGUGCCCAGAUGACAUCCUAGUCUGUGACUAUUGGAAGGAUUGCCCAAGUGGCGACGAUGAGGCAGAAAGUCUCUGCAACCAUACAGCUUUUAUCAACGAGGUCAACCUGGCUAUUGGGGAGUCUGUCGUCAUAAACAGAAGUUGGUUAGAUGGCGCUUACGGGGAUCGCGACACACCCUCCAGCAACUUCUACAACUUCACCCACUAUGUCUUCACCUCUCCUCCUGGGACAACACUCUUCGUCGAGAUGCAAAACAUCACAGCGCAAGACGAUCCUGGACCUCUCCAGUAUGUCUUUAGAGUUCUAGCUGGCACGGGAACGGACCCUACUUCUGUAGAGGAUACUGUUGCAUAUUUUUUUGGACUAGAUCACAGCCCCCGGAACUUCUCCAUUCCUGAUUCUGUCGGCUACGUCCUUGUAGCCAUCCCGAAAGGUGUUCAAGCCAAUGUCACCUUAAACGUUACUGUAGUCGAUUGUCAGCUCCCCUUCAUACCAUGUACUGGAUCUCCCCAUUGCUGGGAGUAUAAAGAUCGAUGUGAUGGAGAAACUCAGUGCCUCUAUAGCAGCGAAGACGAACAUGGAUGUUCUGACUGCUUUGAAUGCGAAAUUAUUUGGAUUGAUGACCCUUGCCUACCAAGUGAAUGGAGAUGUGAUGGAUUUAUUGAUUGUUCUGAUGAAAGUGACGAACUGUUCUGCGAUCAAGAACUGCCUCCAUUCUGCUGUGUUAACAAUGCUGGGAAUGACAGUCUUUGCAUUGAUCCUUCGAGGGUGUGUGAUGACAUUUACGAUUGUGUGGAUUUGUCUGAUGAGCUGUCUUGCGCAACCACUCCUACCACCAGUUCUACAUUAAGUCCCGAUACUAGUUCCCCAACCAGUCCUACAGUUAGUCCCGAUACCAGUUCCCCAACCAGUCCUACAGUUAGUCCUGUUACUAGUUCUCCUACCAGUCCUACAACUAUUCCUUCAUCCACUCCUACAACCACUUCUUCAAGUCCUACUGAUCAGUGCAAUGAAUUUUCAUGCCAAACCGCUGAUCCUGUAUAUGGUAACUGUAUUUCCAAUGACUCAGUGUGUGACUUCUUAACAGAUUGCGUCGAUGGUAGCGAUGAAGAAGAUUGUGAUUGUUUCAAAUGCCCCAACGAGGAUGCAUGCCUCCUUGAUGCUUAUUUAUGUGACUUCCUUGUGCAUUGCGAACCUGAUGGAGCGGAUGAAGACUUUUGCAGGCAUUCAGAUUAUAUCAGACCACGAAACGUCACAACUGGAGAAUGGAUUACAAUAGAACAAAGAGCUGGAGAUCCUGUGGAGUAUCGAGGCACACCAGCUAGCCAGAGGUUCUACUUCUACCAUUACGUCUUCCAAGCCGAUUCCGGGGCAACGCUCUUUGUGGAGGUUCUGAACUUCACAGGAACUGCAGAUCACUCCCUGGACUACCAUCCGAUUGUGACUGCUGGAGCCGGGGAAGACCCUCUAUCUCCUUUGUCAGAGGAAGCUUACUUUGAUACUUUUGGAUCUGUGGAGAGCAUCAGCUCAACAAAGAAUUUUACACUAGAAAGCAGUACUGGAUAUGUUCUUCUUAACUUCCCGACAAACACAGAAGCUUAUGUGAGAUUCAGAGUCACAGCUGUGGCAUGUGUGGACGGUGAUUCUACCUAUUGCAUUGGGUCUCCACAUUGCUAUGACCUGGUUACCGAAUGCCGUGAUGGAACUGUACAAUGUCUAUACACUGGAGAGGAUGAAGAUCUGGACACGGCUUGUCCAGGUCCUUAGUAGACAUUUCUCGCUCUACCUGUUUCAUCUUAUGGUUAUGGUAACAACAAAUAGCAAGUUUCUAUGAGAGACUUGGCAUCAACCAAUCAAGACGCAUAAUGUUAGUAGCUUUUAACUGUUAUGAUAAUUUUGUCAUGAUAACAAGGUUUAUGAAGCAGGGCCGUGAUAAUGAUUCAUUUCCACAGUUCUGAAAUAGAAACUGAGCAAUUGCAUUUGAGGUACACAUUGAAGAUUAAUUUCAAAACAAUUCUUGUCACUUGACAUAUUGAUCAGUAUGCAGAGCUUAGAAAUAUUGUAUGUUAUGCAUAUAUUAUUGUUUUAUGCAAAGCUUAGAAUUACAUGUAGUUGUUAACAUUCUCGAUAUAUGUGUUAAUUUGUCAUGAUUUUUUUAUUGUACAAGAACAUUUGGAAACACUGGUACGUAGUAAAAUCUUAACAUACUUUAAUAUGCCUUAAACGUUGCUCUGUAUCCUCUAGAAAAUGUGAAAACGUUGCUCUGUAUCCUCUAGCAAAUGUGUUAUAAUAAACAAAAAACUUCUUAGAACACAAAGACUUUGCAAGAAAAAUUUAAUUAUGAAAAAAACAGAAUAAGCAAGAAAACUGUAUUCCAUGUAUAUGAUUAUGUUCAGCCCAGCGUACCCCUUUAACCACUUAUUGUUAAAGAUAGUGGCAUUUUAAAUGCCUUUAAAGGCUACUGCAGACAUAGAAUUAGUAUGUGAUCCAAUUUUGGAAUAAAGCUUUGUAACAUUUCAUAUGAAUACUAUAUAUGGCAUACUCUCUUUUUGAAAUGUUCUUUAUUUUUAGAAAAAAAAAAUUGGAAUAGGUGUGUUUUAUGAUAUUAUAUUGUACUGCUGCAUUCAUGAACUUAUUAAAGAGAGUUAACCCUAUCUAGGCCGGGGGGGCCUCGGAGGCCCCCCCUCAACGAGUCGCGCAAUAUUUUCGCCGCGCACAAUUUUUUGACCGUGCUACUCGCUGACUUUUUACUUUCAAGUCUUGAGCAACUUUUGAGACCAAUUUUGCGUCACCCAGGUACACGGUUCCGAAAUUAUGCAAUGUUAUGUAAGUGCAUGUCAGACCAAAAAUUGCUCAAAAACAUGAUUUCGUGUACAAAGUCAAUGUAAAUCGUGUUUAUAACAAAAAAUCAUAAAUGUAUGAUUAUUUUUAGUUUUGCUGGUCUAAAUGUAUGUAUUUUAUGCUGUUUAUGAUCUUAGAAGAGUCCUCAACGAAUUUCAUUGAAAAAACAAUGAAAAACAAAGGGUCCAAAAAACAAGGAAAUACAUAAGAAAUUGCAAAAAACAAUAUAAUACAUAAGAAAUUGAUCUGAUAUCACAAUUUUUUUCAUGUAAACUUGCUAAGAACACCACAAAGAGUUUCUAUGCCAAAAAUUAGAACAUUUGGAGCUUUAUUUAUGGAGUUAGAGGAAGAAGUAUGAUUUCGCAUACUAAUUACGCAUAAAUUAGCAUAAUUACUUAAUAACAAUUCGCAUGAAAUAAAUUACUAUACAAUUUUGUAGAUUAUAUCCCAGACAACCUGCGUGCCAAUUUUUUGCGCGAUCGCGCGGUGGACGGCCGCGAUCUCAAAAUACCCCAGCCUAGAUUGGGUUAAAAGAAGCAUAUUUCCUCAUGUUGCAAUGUAAGAUUGGUUCUAAAAAUGUGUACAUAUAUAAUUAUAUAUCAAUUUACAAGCAGCUGUAAAGGUACAUUUCUAUUCACAUUUUAUGGUGUAUAUAUUGGAAUCUGAGGGUCGUUGUAUCUUAUGUUAUCUUUUAGUAAAUAUAAAACAUGUGACCGGCCACCCCAAAACCAACAAUAAGUCGCCCAAAAGGAUUUUUGUUUAGAUUUUUAUUGAGUGUUAAAAAGCACAUCCUAAGCUUGGAAAUACACUUGUUGAAAUCGAUCAGCAAUAACCCUCACAAGUAGUUGAUUGAAUGUUCAAGAAAUUCAGUGAGAUUUUUUUUUUUUAAAUGAGGUGGAAACUAGGUUUGAAGUUUGGGGUUCACUUUGAGAUGUGUCUCAAGUGCAAUUUCUGUGAAACUUUCCAGUAGUGUGCAAAGAGUGUGUAAAAGAAAUUAUUUAUCCUGUCUUUUAUUCAACAGUACAACUUUAAAUUUUGGCAGAAUGAAGAAUUACCCUUUCAAAUAAAAAAAAAGAGCAAAUUUUUGAAUUUUUACUUUUGGGGUUCCAAAUUGUGGCUAUUUCCCUGGCGACUUAAUAUCGUUGAUUUAUGGUUGGUUUGUCACAUAUAAUCCUAUCAUUAUCAUGUUAGGAAGAAUUUGUCAAUUAGUACAAUAGCAUUGCUUAUAUUUACAUCCCUUCAUAGGGGGUUCCUCAAGGCUGUGGUUUCUAUCCCGAAGCCCCAGUGUUCUGUCUAUGACGAAAAGUGAUUGAUUAGCAAUAAAUAAGAACCACUUGAGGAAUUCCUGCUGGAAAGAUGUGGCUCUGACCUUUGGUGGGGCACUUAUAUAUAUACACACAGUACUUAUAGGUUUUUAUAUUCAAAUAUUUUUCUUAGAAUAAAGUAGAUUUUAUAUGUCAAAAUCUUUAUAAAUUGUGUCGGUGUUGGUUGUAUCAUUGUAAGCCUUAAAGGCAGAUGUGAAAGCAAGUUUAAACCCAUGAUUGUGUCUAAAUGCAUGUUAAUAAAAUAGUAUACAUUCAGUCCAGAUGUCCCCAUAAGUUUAAGGAUGAAUGGAUUUAUCCAACAUAUUUUUUUCAAUAAAUAGCCAAAUUCAAGAACAAAAAUCUCAUAGAUUAACGGAAAAUAGAAUAUGUUAAUGAAUGACUGGGUUAAAAAAUUAAAUAACUUCAACCACAUUCUUGAACCAGUUAAAGACACAAUUUAAAAUGGUAGUCAUCCUGUGAAAAAGUCUUUCACAAUAUGAUUUUCUACUGAAAUAAUGACUUGUAUUUGUUAGUUUCUGAAAUUAAAGAAAUUAUUUGAUGUAUACAUGUAUCAAAUCCAAAUUCUGUUUCAAUUGUUUGGGAUUAUAAACGGGUAUUUGAAGGCUUGUAUAUCCUUCCUAAGAAUUUAUGGCAAAAUCUUGAAGAAUUUUUAUAUCAACUGGUUUCACGACUUGUCUUUUUAUGUUUCUGAAAUAAAAUAAGGAAUGCUUUGA